AUGGAAGGAACAUCAUCAGGUGUGAGGAAAGGAGCAUGGAGUCAAACUGAAGAUGACCUUCUCAGAGAUUGUGUGCAACUUCAUGGAGAAGGAAAAUGGCACCUUGUUCCUCAUAGAUCAGGGUUGAACAGGUGCAGGAAGAGUUGUAGAUUGAGAUGGUUGAACUAUUUGAAACCAGACAUCAAACGAGGAAAUUUUAGUGAAGAUGAGGUUGAUUUGAUGAUCAGAUUGCAUAAACUUUUGGGAAACAGAUGGUCUCUGAUUGCAGGAAGACUUCCUGGAAGAACUUCAAACGAUGUGAAGAAUUUCUGGAACACCAACCUGCGACGCAAAGUACUCUGUCACAACAAAGUCAACAACAAGGAAAAUGUAAAAGAAUCCGAAACCACUAGGAAAACCCACCAAGUGAUAAAGCCUGUGCCUCGAGCUUUGCCAAAAGCAUGGCCUUUGCUGCAAGGAAAAUUCAUGAGUAGUUCCAAAGUUGGUGUUGGUGAAGCAGUUUCAUCAUCAGGACAUGAGAAUUGGUGGGAAACUUUGUUAGAUGAGAAAGAAGAAAAUAUUAACAACAGCACAUGCUUCCCUGGUGGAAAUUUUGAGUUUUGGGAUGAAGAACUUAAUUUUAUGGCUUCUGACUUUCCUACAGAAGGUGAAACUUUGAGCGAUUUUCUUCUUAAUUAA